UAAACAACACUCCAUGCGAGGAGUCGCAUAGCAGCCCGAAAAGCAGCCAAACCAAACAAAAUCUAUGCGCAGAAAAAUAAAAAACUAAAAAUAAAAAACUAAAAAGAAAUUAUUUCUCCAAAAAAGAAAAACACAAUUUUUUUUAGAGAACGAAAACGAAAAAAAUUACACAAAGGACUCUUAACAGAGAGGGACUCAACAACGCGCUCAUGGCUUGCAUUUGCAGGGAGGCGUCGUAUUUUAGGGUUAAUUCGUGUCGUUUUGAUUGAGGUCAGACGUUGGGGUUGAAGCUUGAAAACCCUAGGAGAGAUAUAGAGAGGUGACGAGAGUGUUAAAAAGAGCGGGAACGUUUCAGGUCCUCCCCGGUGCUGUGCCCUAACUCCCAAUUGUUCGACUCCGUAUCCCAAUUCAGGAAAAAUCUUCUACAGUGAUCCUUCUUAUGGUAUUCAACAAUAUCUUCAUUUUACAUCAAUGGGAGGGGCAAGCCUGUAGAUAUUUAGGUAGGGAUGCAUGGAUGUAACUCAGGAUCUGCUCUCUUAGUAAAUGCUGAGGUUGAUUCCAUGGGAGGGGUUGUUGAUGGCGGAGUUGGGAUUGGUGUCAAGACCUCUCCACACAGGGCAGCUAUUGAGAAGGCUCAAGCAGAGCUUAGGCAGGAGUAUGAUGUUCGUGAGGAAAGGAGAAGGGAACUUGAGUUUCUUGAGAAAGGUGGCAAUCCCUUGGAUUUCAAAUUUGGCAACGCAGCUUCAGUUAGUGUCCAGUCUACUUCUCUUACUGAUCAGCAUGCAGAACGUUUUGUUACCAGUGAAGCAAAAGGUAGUUUUGCACUGACUGCCUCACCUCAUGGUGAUUCUGUAGAGAGCAGUGGUAGACCAGGGGUUCCUGCAGUUUGUGAACCCAAUAGUGCUGAUAAUCUCUUACUUUUUGACGGUGAGAACGAGUUGCCUGAAGGUGAAAGGAAGUCUGUGCAUCCUCGUAAGAGGAAUACUGUUGUUCCAUCAGAGCAAUCUUCUCAGAUGGAUGGGACUCAAAAUGCCAAAGAAUCUGAAGAUUCUGCUAUUUUUCGUCCUUAUGCUAGAAGGAACAGGACCAAAAUAAAUCGAGAUGGAGCUCGAUCAAGUUCAACAGAUAUCAUUCAGGGUCGAGGUGUUCAUGGCUCUUCUUUAUCUGCUCGUGGAGCAUCAAAGGAUGGGAGGGCUCUGACCUCUGAAACAAAUAACCAAAAGGAAAACAAUAUAUCCUCUGUUAAUACCAUAAAAUCUGCAAUUUCUAAUGGUGGUUUGCCUUCAAAGGUGAUAACUUCUGAUAAUCAGUUGAAUACGGAGAUGGAUGGUGCGCAGGCCGUGGAAGAAAUGACUGACCAGUCAAAAGGUGAUCUAUCUGAAAGCAAGGUUGAUGUUACAGUUUCCAAAAGCUUGACAGAUGACCUGCAUAAUGAACCUGCUCAAGUGGAGGUUCAUGAAUCUCCGGUUAACUUGGCUUCUGAGGAACCUGAUCUUGUUAGAGGGAAGGAGCAGGUAGUUUCAGCUGGUAUUGGAUGUUCACCUGGUGCUGGUGCAACAAAAGUUGAAAAUGAAACUAGUUCUAAUCAGCUAAAUGGGUUUGAUGAUGCCAAAAGAGACAGGAAAAACAUACUAAAUGAAAGGCAAAAUAGCAGUGCGGCAGUAGGGAUGAAGGGAUUAGAUUCAGAGUCCUCUUGCACUCAAAACAGCCUAAGCUUAGAUGUAAAUAAUGAUAAUGAUGUGUGUAUUAAUCCAAAAAAUGUUGAUUCUAAUGGAAAGCCCUCAGAACAAACGUCAGAAAAAGAGGAGUCACCAAACUUAGCUGUUGGUGAAUUGGCAAAAGAAAAGAUUGAGAUCAAGGUUGUUGAUGCUGGUGCUGCUAUCCACGAAACUAAUACUUCCACUAAUCAAAAUCAUUCUUAUAACGAUUCUACUGUCAAAGUGGAGGUAGAAAUUAGAUCUGAAUUGCAAAAUGAGGUGAGUUGUCCUUCCAACAAUGAUGCACAACAAAGCAGUCAUGCUGUAUCAGAAGCUGAUAAGAAAGUUAGUGCUGUGCCGGGUGAUAAUUCUAACUCCAAAAAGGAAAACUUUUCUGCUAGUAGGCCUCAAAGCACAAUGGAUAACUCUAUUUGUGAGAUUCCUGAGACACCUUUGUCAGGAAGAACCUCCAUUGAUAAUGCUGACACUCAAACUAGUUUGGAUAAUCAUGUGAAAGUGGUUGGCAAUGUACAUGAAGAUUCUAUCUUGGAAGAGGCACGGAUUAUAGAGGCUAAGCGAAGAAGGAUUGCAGAACUAUCUGUUGGUACCUUACCCUUGGAGAAUCGCCGAAAAUCUCACUGGGACUUUGUUCUUGAGGAAAUGGCAUGGUUGGCAAAUGAUUUUGCUCAGGAGCGUCUUUGGAAGAUGACUGCUGCUGCUCAAAUAUGUCGACGUGUUGCUUUUACUUUGCAAUUGAAAUUUGAUGAACAAAAUCAGUGUUGGAAACUCAAAAAAGUAGCUUUAACCCUUGCUAAUGCUGUCAUGGAGUUUUGGCAUUCAGCAGAGGUGCUUCUAAAUAGUAAGGAUGCAAGUCUUGGUCCAAAGAACCGUGGCCAUGGUUUGGUGGGGUCAAGGGUCAAUGAAGCUACUGAGAAAAAGACUGCAGAAUGUGAUAUGCAGGGUAUGGAUAAGGUGGAGCAGCAGCAACCUGGAAAGAACAAUGAACUAGCUAUUUGGGCAUAUGCACUUAGAUUUUUGAAAUAUAGCAGCUCCCUGGUUCCAUCACUUCAAGCUGAAGCACCAGCUACUCCUGACGGGAUAUCUGACUCAGGCAUUAUGGACAUUUAUUGGGAUGAUCACCUAACAGAAGAAAGCCUCUUCUAUGCAGUUCCUAUAGGUGCUAUGGAAACCUACCGAAGAUCUAUUGAAUCUUAUUUGGCACAGACUGAGAAAACUGGGAGUAAUGUGCAAGAGGAGGUUGAAACAUCUUUUUAUGAUGCUGGGGCAGAGUUUGGAUAUGAUGACUUUGUGUAUGAUGAGGAUGAAGGGGAAACAAGUACGUAUUAUUUGCCUGGAGCCUUUGAAGGUAGCAAAUCAUCAACAUUAAACCAGAAAAAACAGAAGAAGUCAAUGAAAUCAUAUGCUGCAAGGCCAUAUGAAAUGGAUGCUGAUUUGCCAUAUGCAAACUGUGCUCAACAGUCGAUGUUGAUAGGAAAAAGGCCCCCCAGUAGUCUAAAUGUUGGUCCAAUUCCAACAAAACGUGUGCGCACUGGUUCCAGGCAGAGGGUUUUAAGUCCUUUUAGCAGUGCAGCUGCUGGUGGUGGUUUACAGGCUCCGACAAAAACAGAUGGUUCUAGUGGAGAUACCAAUUCUUUUCAGGAUGAUCAGAGUACUUUACAUGGAGAAUUCCAGAUCCAGAAAAGCAUGGAGGUUGAUUCACUUGGGGACUUUGAAAGGCAGCUACCAUAUGACUGUAUAGAAACACCAACAAAACCUAAAAAGAAGAGAAAGGCCAAGAAUCUCGGUUCUGCAUAUGAUCACGGUUGGCAGCUGGAAUCUACUUUUCACAAUGAACAGAGGGAUUAUUCCAAAAAGAGACUGGAGAGUCAUCAUUUUGAUUCUAAUGGAACCAGUGGUUUAUAUGGGCAACAUAAUGUCAAGAAGCCAAAGAUAACAAAGCAACAGACGGAUAAUGCUUUUGACAUCACUCCAAGUGGAUCUAUCCCUUCACCAGUAGGGUCCCAAAUGAGUAACAUGUCCAACCCCAACAAAAUUAUUAGAGUAAUUCACAGUCGUGACAGGAAUAGAAAAGCUAAAACUCCUAAGACUUCUGCUGGUCAGCCAGGUUCUGGUUGUCCAUGGUCACUAUUUGAAGAUCAGGCACUUGUUGUCCUUGUACACGACAUGGGUCCAAAUUGGGAGCUUGUAAGUGAUGCUAUCAACAGUACUUUUCAAUUUAAGUGCAUAUUCCGCAAGCCUAAAGAAUGUAAGGAACGCCACAAAAUGUUAAUGGAUAGGAGUGGUGAUGGAGCUGACAGUGCUGAUGAUUCAGGGCCUUCUCAGUCAUAUCCAUCUACAUUACCUGGCAUUCCGAAGGGAAGUGCCAGACAGUUGUUUCAACAUUUACAAGGGCCAAAGGAAGAGGAUACUCUUAAGUCUCAUUUUGAGAAAAUUAUACUUAUUGGAAAGAAACUGCACUACCGAUGGAGUCAGCAUGAUAACCAGGACAUGAAGCAGAUAGUGCCUGUCCACAAUUCUCAUGUUAUUGCACUUUCACAAGUCUGCCCAAACAACCUAAAUGGAGGGGUUCUAACGCCUCUUGAUCUUUGUGAUGCCGCUAUAUCAAGCCAAGAUGUUCCACCCAUUGGAUAUCAAGCUUCUCAUGCUAAUGGUUUAGCAAUAUCAAAUCAAGGAGCUCUGGGAUCAAUGCUUCCUGCCUCUGGAGCAAAUUCAUCGGUACAUGGAUCUUCUGGUGUGGUUCUUGGCAGUAAUUUGUCAUCACCAUCUGCCCCAUUCAAUGCAUCUGUCAGGGAUGGUAGAUAUGGUGUUCCUAGAACAUCUUUGCCAGCCGAUGAGCAGCAUAGAAUGCAACAAUAUAAUCAAAUGUUAUCUGGCAGGAAUAUUCAGCAGUCCAACUUGAAUCUCCGUGGGGCUGUUUCUGGAGCAGAUUGUGGGAUUCGUAUGCUACCCGGUGGAAAUGCUAUGGGCAUGUUGUGUGGGAUGAAUAGAAGUAUGCCAAUGUCAAGGCCGGGCUUCCAAGGAAUGGCAUCUUCAGCAAAGCUGAAUUCUGGCAGCAUGCUCUCCAAUAUGGUGGGAAUUCCAAGUCCUGUAAAUAUGCACUCUGGACCAGGUUCUGGUCAAGGAAAUUCGAUGUUGAGGCCUCGUGACACCAUGCAGAUGAUGCGACCUGGCCAAAAUCCAGAGCAUGAAAGGCAAUUAAUGGUACCUGAGCUCCAAAUGCAGGCUCAAGGGAACAGCCAGGGAAUUCCUACUUUCAAUGGGUUGAAUUCUGCUUACCCUAAUCAAUCAACUGCUCCAUCUGUUCAGUCGUAUUUGGGUCAUCCCCAGCAGCAGCAGCAGCAAAUGCCUCCACAGCAGUCCCAUGCACUGAGCAACUCGCAUCAUGCUCAUCUUCACAGUUCCAAUCAUGCUACUGGGCAGCAAGCCUAUGCCAUGCGCCUUGCUAAAGAAAGGCAAAUGCAUCAGCGUCUUUUGCAGCAGCAACAGCAACAGCAACAGCCACAACAACAGCAACAGUUCACUGCAUCUAGCACUUUAAUGCCACAUGCCCAACCUCAGACCCAACUUCCCAUAUCUUCUCUUCAGAAUAGUUCACAGAUUCAACCUCAAGCUUCAACUCAACCAGUAUCACUCCCCCCUCCAACACCAUCUUCACCAAUGACUCCUAUGUCAUUACAGCACCAACAGAAACACCACUUGGCCCCUCACGGGCUUGGUAGGAACCCCCAACCUGGUGCUAGUGGGUUGACCAAUCGGGUAGGCAAGCAAGGGCAGCGACAGCCCCAGCAGCAGCACUUUCAACAGACUGGCAGGCACCACCCUCAGCAACAGCAACAGACACAGGCUCAACAGCAAGCUAAACUUUUGAAGGGAGUGGGAAGAGGGAACAUGCUGGUGCAUCAGAACCUUUCUGUUGACCCUGCUCAUCUGAAUGGCCUAAGCAUGGCCCCUGGCAACCAAGCUGCCGAGAAAGGGGAUCAGAUGAUGCACUCGAUGCAAGGUCAAGGCUUGUAUUCUGGGUCUGGUAUGAGCCCUGUCCAACCAUCUAAACCUCUAGUUUCUUCUCAAUCUAUGAAUCAUUCCCAGUCGCAGCAGAAGCAGGUUUCUGGGGCAACACCCCCUUCUACAAAGCAACUCCAGCAGAUGGCUUCCCAUUCUGAUAAUAGUACCCAAGGCCAGGUUUCCACAGUGCCUUCUAGUCAUUCACUAUCAGCUGUGCAUCAAUCUAUCCUGCCAGCAGCUAUGGGUCCAAACCACCAGCAUUUGCAGCUACAAUCACAACCACACCAAAAGCAGGUUAAUCAGAACCAAGCUACUGUACAAAGGAUGCUUCAACAGAAGCGACAAGUGAAUUGUGAUACACCCAGCAAAUCCCAAGCUGAGCCAGCUCAAGCUGACCAACAGUCCAUGAACAGUGCUUCACAGAUGGGUACAACCACAACCAUGGCAGUGCCUCAGGUCGGUAUUGAUUCAGCUAACAACACUGUACCAGUUGUUUCUCCUUCUGUUGGUUCUCAGUGGAAAUCAUCAGAACCUGUGUAUGAUCCUGGUAUGCCAAAUGUGGCCACUGAAGUGGGAUCCAUAGCGAGCCCUCUUUCAAAUUCAGCUGGUAGUGAUCCGAUACCUUUGGUCAGCCAAGGGUUAGGGCAGAGACAAUUAUCAGGUGGCUUACCCCCUCAUGGGAAUAAUGCUGGGGUGCAGUGGCCGCAACAGCCACGGAUACAACAAUCUCCCACACUGCCACCAUCUCAACAACACUACCAGCAACAAGAACGAUUACAACAAGAUCAGCAUAAUUCACCCCCACAACAGCAAACUCUGCAUCUGCAAGCAGUGCAGGGCAGCUUGUAUCACAGGCCUUUGAAUUCUAAGCUGGAAUGAAGCAAUCUAGUGGAUGGAGCAGUUCUAACGGUUAUGGCUCCUGCUAGGGUUGGGUUUGCAUGUCCUUGUAACAGCAGUGUACAGAUGAAGCUGGUUACUCGAUUAGGGGAUUGCAAUGUGGAAAAAGGUGUUUGAUAUUUGCAGGUUAGAAUUCACAGAAAAUGUUUGACCUCUUGUUUCUACCUUGUUUUUGGGUUUUUGGGGGAUUAUGUAUAUUACCACCGGUUUAAAGUAUUGGGAAGAUGGAGACAGAUAUAGAGGCAUUCGUACAGAGGUCACAUCUCCCAUUUCUAAUACUUUCUUCCCCUCCUUUUUCCAUGGUCUCCCUGCUAAUGUGCAGAAGGGGGCCUAUUUCUUUUUGCCCCGGUAGAUUAGUGCAUCAUGUAUUAUUACCCUUUCAAAUCAAGUUGGGUAGCAAUUAUUGUUAUGGGCAAAAAAGCCUUAGGAAAUUUUGUGAAUAUAAGGUUCCUGGUCAGUGGUAUUAGAAAUGAUCAGCAUCUGUCACUGCCAUGGGCACCCAAUGAAUUAUUGUAAU